CUUUCCCACUUCCUCCUCCUCUUCCACCGGCUUCCACCCCCAAACAGAGGCGCGCUUCCACCCACGACGGCCAUGGUGGUGGUGGAGAAGGCCAGCGCCGCCGCCGCAGUGGUGCGCAGGCUCGACGUCUCCUUCCCCGCCGCGGGCCGCUGCUCGCCGCCGUGGCAGGCGCCGGACUGCGGCGGCCUCCCGUCGCCGACCAGCCCCCUUGACCGCGCGGCCGGCCCCGGGCCCUCGCCGCGCGGGUGGCGACACCGCGACGCGGGCGGGGUUGGGCUCGGCAUCCUCGCAGCGCUCGGGGCGGAGCAGGCCCCGCCGCCGCCGCCGCCGCCGAGGGUGUCCGCCGUCGCCGUCGCGUCGUCCGCAAGCCGGGUCGCCGCGCGGCUGGAGGUCUCGGAGCUCGGGUGCAGCGGGCGGUGCGCCACCAGCCUGUGCGGCUCCGGCGCCGGCGCGGCGGCGUUCCGGGUGGCGGAGUUCCUGGCGUGCUGCGACCUGUGCCGGCGGCCGCUGGACGGCAAGGAUAUCUUCAUGUACAGAGGGGAGAGGGCCUUCUGCAGCAUGGAGUGCCGGUACCACGCCAUCGUCAGCGACGAGUUCCAAGAAGACAAGGACCGGAAGCGCCGCUCCUCCUCCGCCCCCAGGGACGUCCCCACCAAGGUCGCCGCUGCGGAGAUCGCCGACUCGCCGUGUUCCGGCGGCGGGCAGAUCUUCUUCACCACCGGAAUCGUCGCGGCCUGAGCAGAGGCCUACCCGGCGCGGCUGUAACAUAAACAAGACAAAUAAAUAAAAAAUAUGUAAAAAAAAAAGAAAGACAUCAUCAAGAAGAGGAAAAAAAAUACUAAUAAUUAUUAAGGUUGUAGUAUUAAUUAUGUCUAGAGAGAUUAGAGAGGUGUUUUUGUUGGGGGGAGAUUUUUGCUCUCCUCCUUGCCCUUUGCAAGAGGAGGCAUCUGGGUUUUUGGUCUUGAAUUUUUCUCAAUAUGUGUAAUAUUUUUGGUGGUGCUGCUGCUGCUGCAAGAGGACCAAGCAGGAAAAGAAAGGACGACGACAAGUUUUCCAA